AUGGCCGAAGGAAGCACAACCAGAAUCGCGGCCUGGGUCGAGGGUCUGAAGCUGGGAGACCUCAGCCAGUCCACCAGGGAGGCCGCUGUCAAGUCCUUCAUCAAUUACGUCGGAUGCACACUCGGUGGCAUAAGCCACGAGGCCACAGAGAAAGCACUAGCAGCUCAUGGUGCGCUACAAAGCUCGUCUGGACCAUGUAGUCUGCUCGGCAGCCUCAGAGGACUCGAUCCUUUGCAAGCAGCGCUCGUCCAUGCUCUGGCGUGCCACAUCCACGACUAUGACGACACGCAUCUCAGCACGGUCAUCCACCCGACAGCGGCUGUGGCCUCCGCACUCCUGGCAUAUGCCGAGGCGGCCUUUGACCAUCCCAGUGCCCUUUCUGGGGCGGACUUCAUCGUUGCUCUGACGGCAGGAAUCGAGAUCGAGUGCCUGCUCGGAGUGGCAGUGUAUCCUUCCCACUAUGACCGCGGAUGGCACAUCACAGCCAGUGUUGGUUCCAUAGGGGCCGCCCUGGCCGUCGGAAAGGCUAUGAAGCUGUCGAAAGAGCAUUUGGUGAAUGCCAUAGGCAUUGCCUCCACCCAGGUGAACGGCAUGCGCAUCCACUUUGGAUCGCAUUCGAAACCGCUUGGUGUAGGACUUGCAGCUCGGGCGGGCCUCGAGAGUGCGUACUUGGCUCAAGCUGGCAUGACGGCCGCCCCAAACAGUCUUGAGGGUCCGAGGGGCUGGAUUGAAUGCGUUUGCCCGGACCCACAAUCUGCUUAUGAGAAGUUACCGCGAUUUGUCGAGGCUUUGUACUCCGGCAAAGGAAUCGACGGGGAUGGAAAGACCGAAACGGAGAAGAACACCUUCAAGCCGUACCCUUGCGGCAUCGUGAUACAUCCAAUCAUCGACGGCUGUUCACAGCUGCGAAACGAAGGCGUCAAAGCAGAGGAAGUCCAAAGCAUAGAAUUGACCGUCCAUCCGCUUGUUCUGGAGCUGACGGGCAAGAAGAACCCCGUAGAUGGCCUUCAGGCUAAGUUCUCGGUCUAUUUUGGGGCGGCCUCUGGCUUGCUAUUCGGCAAAGCCACGCCGGCAGAGUAUAGCGAUGAAAUCGUGCAGCAGACCGCUGAGUUGAGGAGCAAGAUCUCGGCUACGAUCGAUAAGAGCAUGAGGCGAGAUGAGUGUAAGAUCCUGGUCCAGACCAAAUCCGGUACACACCAGAAGCAUGUCGAGCAUGCGGUUGGCAGCCUCGCGAAACCUAUGUCCGACGACCAAUUCCGGCAGAAGUUCGUUGAUCAGGUCGAGCCGCAGAUUGGCUUAGACUCAACUGAGCGGCUGUACUCGUCUCUUGGCAAGAUCCUAGAGGCAGACAAUGUCAUGGAUGUUGUGUAUGCUGCAAACAUCAAAUAG